AUGGCCUCGUUCUUGCGCUCAUACAAUGCGCUCCUCCUUCGACGGCCGAUGGCGACCCAGUGCGUGACGGCGGCAGUCCUGUUCGGUGCGGGAGACGUGGUGGCCCAGCAGGUAGUGGAGGGGAAGGGGAAGAACCAUGAUCUCGCUCGGACGGCGCGAUUGACGUUCUACGGAGGUGCUCUGUUCGGCCCAGCUAUGACGAAAUGGUACCAAUUCCUCAACAGGAUCAAGUUCCCUAGUCCGACUAAGGCGUUGAUGUACCGAGUGUGGCUAGACCAAGCGAUCCUAACACCAGUUGCUGUUGCCUUCUUCUAUGGCUCUAUGAGCGUGCUAGAAGGGAAGCCCAACGAGGCGGUUGAUCGUGUCAAGGCGGCGUACGUACCGACGCUCAUUCGUAACUGGGGUGUAUAUAUCCCGACUCAGCUCAUCAACUUCUCAAUUAUACCACCACAUCUGCGAUUUGUGACCGUCAGCAUCGUCAGUUUGUUCUGGAAUACGUACCUAAGCGCGUCGAACGCGAGCCACGAGAAGGCACAGAGGGAGGCGGCGGAACAAGCUGGUCUGGCGACGGUGGAGAAGCUACAGACCGUUGACUAA